AGUAUCACACUGUGCAACUUUGACUUCCAGCCAAGUCUGCAGGGCUCCUCUCCAAACACAGACCAAGAACUGGACAGCACAGCCUCUCUUUCACGAGACAAAAAUGAAUUUUUUAAAUAAUGCGAACAAAGGACAUGUGUCAAACUGAAAUCCCUCAAAUAAUCAAUCUUUGUUAUGUGGAAUGAGCCAGUGAGGUUGAAGAACAAAAACACCUUACAUCAGUUUUCCAGAAAGUUCAAAGUGAGGCACUGAGUGACAGAAUGGAUGUGGCAAUUCAGCACCCAUGGUUCCGCCGUUUUUUGCCUUCUUUUUUUUCUCCAAGGAUCUUUGAUCAGAAUUUUGGGGAACAUAUCCCAGAAAUAGAAUUACUUCCCCCAAUUUCUUCUUCUUCUUACUAUUUCAGAUUCCCCUUUUUCAGGAUGCCAACCUGGAUGGAAGCUGGCCUAGGCGAGAUGAGACUUGACAAGGAAAAGUUUACUGUCAAUCUGGAUGUAAAGCAUUUCUCUCCAGAGGAGCUACAAGUAAAGGUAGUUGGUGGCUUCAUUGAGAUCCAUGGGAAACAUGAAGAUCGUAAGGUAAAAUCAAAUGAUGAGCAUGGAUUUAUUUCAAGGGAAUUUCACCGGAAAUACAAGAUCCCCACAGAUGUGGACCCCAAAGGCAUCACUUCUUCCCUCUCCCCAGAUGGAGUACUGACAAUCAGUGGCCACAGAAAACUGGACGGUGCCCCUGAUCGCAUCAUCCCAAUUACUCAUGAGGACAAACAUUCUGUCACUGGACCACAGAAGUAGUAGACAGCUAACCUUUGAGCCUUUCCAUCCAAGAACAGACCACCAUCUGAAAAGAUCGUUUAGCCUACAAGUAAAAUUCUGAGCAAUUCUGUAACAUAUAACUAAUAAAGCAAGUGCUACACCUGCAACACAAAUUACAAAACAGAAAUUUAUUUAAACAUGUACAGCUAAAAUAUUGCAGCUCCCAGUGUAGACAUGAAAUGGAAAAAACUAUAUAAAUUAACAUACUAAAUACUAGUGUGGCAUUAAGUUGUUUUGAACUGCAUUUCAUUUGUGAAAGAAAACGUGCCAGUCAACUUUAAAAGCAGUUCCUUUCUAAUCAGAUGCUGCUAUCAUGUUUUCCAUUACAACAAUCUGUCAGCUGUUUGAAGAUGUCUGUAAAUUAAAUUUCCUUCUCAGAUGCUCUAGCAUGCUGCAUGACCACAAGCAAAGCAGGCUUAUGAUAAAAAUAGAGGACAUGUCAAACAAGAACAAUAACUUGGUCAUGAUGAGUCUAAACUGGGUAGUUGCAUUAUAAUUACAAAUGUGAAAUCAGUCAGCAUACUGUCUUAGCUGCUAAGAUUUUAUCACAGCACUGUGUCCACUUUCCAUAUGUACUGCCAUUCAUAAUGCAAUCAGGAAAACUAUUAAACCUGUUAUUUACGUCUGUACCAAAGUUUAUUUCUACAAUUCAAUUUAGAUAUAGGAUUUAUAAACACAUAAUUAAGUAAAAUAAUUGAAGUGACUCCAUUUUUAGCUGCAUGUUAUGAUUUUUUUUGAACACCAGUGUCGUCUUUUUCUUUUUUUUUUUUUUUGUUCAGAUUUUGGAAGAUGUCAAUCAGUUAAGUUAUGGAAGUAAACUGUACAUUUUGUACUAAAUAGGCAGGUAAGAAAAUGUGAGGAUUUAGUGAGAGAGAGAGAGAGAGAGAGAGAGAGAGCAAGAGAAGGAGAAAAAAAAAUAAGUAGAUAUACUGUAUGCUUCUUGUCUGGAAAUAUGCUAACUGUAAGGAUUACAUAAUUGUGUAAUUCAGAAUGGAAGUGAGGAAGAGUUUCAUCUGCCUUUCCUAUAUUGGCAAGGCUAGUAUUUGUACUGCUAGGGUUUAACAAAUCCAGAAACUAGUUAACAAAAAAGCAGAUAGUAAUUUGUCGUCACAAUUGAUAAUAUUUCUUGCAGUGAAUCUGAACUUGUCAAGCAAUGUUAUCUUUGUAAUGAAACUUGAAAUAUUCAUGUUUAAAAGAAAAAAACUUUGAAAAUCUUGGCUAUGGGAAGGAAGGGUUAGAAAGCAUAAAGCCAUUAUACACAUCGAAGUAUAAUCCAUGGUGCUUUAUAAUGAUUCAUUCCUGAUGACAAUCUGCUUUGUUAAAUCGUAAAAACUAUGCACGAGUGAACUUUGUAUCACUGUAAAAAAUUAAAUCACCAAAGUCAUUGGC